UAGUUACGUCCAACAAAAUACCGUCAAAAUAAAUUCGGAGAUAUAAACAAGUGUUGUGACCAGCCAUUUGGGUGCUGGGAAGAAUAGGAGUAUAUUUCACUCUGUAGUUCACGAAUGGAAGGGUAUGGGUAUCGAGCGGUUCUGCUACCCACCCAAGCCCCCGAUUUGCAGUUGGUUUGCAGCAUUAAUUUUACUAAUUUGUAUUUCAUUAGGUUCAGCAUGUAAUAUUGUACAUUGUCAAAGUUUAUUCAGUUCAGCAAAAGAUGCAGAGAAAUCCACAGAAAUAAAGAAAUUAGCUGCCUUACAGAGAGAAUCGCCUCGCUGUAUUUCUCUAAGGACAUACAUAGACUGUUUAGUAAAGCAGAAACGAUUCUGUCAUUCAGAUAUAACUUUUAAUGGAAAUUUAGCAGGUUUAAAAGCAAAAAUGAAUAGACAUAAAUGUUCUGCUGAUCCAGAAGCAUCCAUAUUUGAUCAAGAAACUAUGCAGGUGACUGGUCCCCGCCCACCAAGUGUCGAUCGUAUGUGUUCAUACAGUGGACAACCAAUAUAUAAACAAUGUGGAUUAUUUGGUGAUCCCCACUUGCGAAUGUUUAAUGAGGAAUUUCAGACUUGUAAAGUUGAGGGAGCUUGGGCAUUAGUGGAUAAUAAACAUUUGACUGUUCAGGUCACAAAUGAUCCAGUGAUUAACAGUGGAGAUGCAACCGCAACUAGCAAGUUGACAGUGAUUAUAAAGAAGAAUGAAGAUUGUGCAUCAAGUCAGUUCAUAACAUAUACUGCUCAGACAGGUCAUCUGCCUGGUUCCUUUUCCUUAGGACAAACACACUAUGGUCCCGAAAGAAGUGUGGAAAUAAUUGAAAAAGAACCAGGAAAAAGUGUAGUGAUUUAUUUGCGUUACAUUGACACAACAAUAAAAGUGCAACAAAUUGGACGAUAUUUCACAUUCGCCAUAAAAAUGCCAGAAGAAGUCUUGAAUUCCAGUGAAAUAAGUGAUAAAUUAGAAUUAUGUGUUCAAGGAUGUCCAAAUAACGAGAGAAUUAAUUAUAAACAAUACUUUUCAGAAGUUCAGCGGACGAACAAACACAGUAAAAUGGCACUAAGCAAAGCUUUAAAGAUGUGCCGUGAUGCUAGUGUUGUCGAUUUCUACUUUGAUUCAUGUGUUUUUGAUCUCUUAACAACGGGUGACGAGAACUUUACAGCAGCAGCUUAUCAAGCAUGGCAAGACUUGAUUGAAUUGAACCCAGAACUUCGCCUAACUCAGGAUAAUCGGACUGAAUUACCCAUAGUACCAAGUAGUGCUUCUAGUGAGAAAACUAAAUUUUGGUAUUCCUCAAGGAUACUUCUAUUAUCAGUGCUAUUAUGUGUGUUGCUAUCGAUUCCGUCAUGAUGAUAUGAUGGGAUUUGUUGUUAUGUUGUUGUUACGUUAUUAGAUCAGUUUAUUUAAGGUGCAAAAGUCUUAGUGACACUAUUUUAUCCAUUAUUUAAGAACAUGCAGUCUUCACUAUAAAUUAUCAUUGUUAGUUUGGAAUUUCAAAAACUAACUUUGAAUCUGAAUUCAUAUUUUUCAUAUAUUUGGUGGCCCUUGAAUCUGUUGGGAUAUUUAUAAAUAUAAAGGCCAUAUUUUACAUGAUAUCCAUCAAUAAACUUUGAGCAAUAUCAAUUCAUCCAAUCAUUGUGCCUGUAAGGACAGAGGCAAAGAGUUAAAAAUUUCAUGCCAGAUAGUAAAUUUUCAAUGCUGUUUUUAUAUGCAGUGUAAUCCUCCUAAGUUUCAGUUGGCUAUAAAUGUGUCACUUUGACUUUGAAUGACUGUGUUGCAGUGCUCUACAAGUUUUGAUUUAUUUGUAAAAAUUUGCAUAAGUUGGUGAGUGUAGUUGAGUCUGAUGAAUGCAGAUCAUGUAUGUUUUGUGUGCAGUUGUGUGUCUCCGUCUGUGAAUGUAUGUGUGCUUGAUUUUUUUUAUGCAUUAUGUUUACUAUGUAUAUGAAUGAGAUGAAAUUAAGGUUGAUUUUGUGUCAUUAUGUGAACUUUGGACCAAUAAAAUCCAGUUGUUGUCAAUCAGAACAUUUUCUUAUGGUACAUCUGAAUAUGGCUAAACGUUUAUUUCACCAAUUUAGUCAAUUAUUCUAAAAAUAUUCUCCAUAACUGCAAAAUUUAUUUCGAUCAAUAAUGUAAUUGUUUAUGUGAUAAAACUUUUAUAUGUUUUGUUGAUUUAAUUAAAUAAUGAUUAUGCAUUAUCUACUUUUAGUUUUGGUUUUUGUAGGAUAAAAAGGGGGGUGGAUAAAAAACAGAGUUACUAGGUAUAAAAACAAAAAUAAAGCCAUAAAACAUUGGAAGUGUGUAAUUUCAGGUCCCUGGAUUCAUUUAAUGACACAUUAUGAACAUUUAACUUGUAAUAAAAUUACAAGUGUAAAUUCUGGAUAAAUAACCCUUCCCAAAUCUUUUGUCAUUCAAGUUUAAAAUUCUUGACCUAAGUGAUCAUAAAUUGAAACUCAAAUCCUUAAUGGUAGUCUGUUAGCUGCUCAAAGGCAAUGAAUGUGGCCACUGAGAAAAGAAGUCUUUUGUCUUGUUCACACAAUACCGAGGGAAAGGGGUGGAUAUUACUAACACAGUUAACAUUCAAAUCGGGGUAUGAAUCGACCAAUUUCUUUCUUAGGUUAUACCUGAGCCUUUUGUCAGUACAAUAUGAUGACCUGUGAAAUUCAUCCACUUUUUUCAGACCAUGAAUUGUCCACUGUUUCCACGACACAAUUAGUGUGCCUAGUCCAGCGGAAAUUACAUGGUUAUUUCGACCAGUCAGACUCUCUUUUGUUGACAUGUUCGUCAAAAUGUGUUUAAUUUCACUUAUUUCUUCAUUAGGAGUUUUAAAAGUAUUUCUUUUGAAUUACUUUUUUAAGGUUGACCGCUUUCGAAAAGUUCAAUUUGCAAAAUUUUGUCUGUUGUGAUUUAAAAACUGAAAUUUUUGAUUGAAUAGAUGCAUCCAGCUUAGGGCCUAAUCCCUAUUCAUACAAGUUAAGUUGGAAAGUUGAAGUUUACAACUUGUAGAAAGUGUUAAAAGUCGGCUUAGUACAAUUUUGUUAAAAUUAGGUUUGGUGAUCAUUGAUGGGAAAGAGUUUGUAUCGCUACUUGAUAAUUAAGAAUAAGGACUAAAACUCUUUUCAUUUUCAAAAUUCUGAAUUCCAACAUCUUGCAGAUUAAGAAAAAACAAGUUUUAAGAUAAAUUUCUUUUUUAGUAUCCAUUUAUUAAACUCAUCUUAAACUGGUUAGUAUUAAUGUUGCAAUUUACGAAAAUAAUGGGGAGCAAUUUCAUAGCUUAAUGAACAAUUAAGUCGGAAAAAAGUGAGGAUUCUUUGUUUGAAUGAAACACACAUGUUCACCUAGGUGUAGAUUUCACUUCUGAAAUAGGUUUAUGGUUAAAAGCUGAAAGAUAAGUUAUUUGGGCCUCUCAGAAUGUUUUACUAGCCUUAUCUCUACAUAAUCUUUCUUAUGUGCACACCUGCAUACAGGCUUUCAUAUGGGGCUCUGUGAAGGGGAAACAUAUUUUAUUACUAUUUACUGGUCUUACAAAAAGUUCAAUAGGUUCAAAACAAUGUUAAAUUAUACGCUCUUCAAUUUUCAUAGUUAAAAAUAUACACUUUAACAAAUUGAGAAGGCCUAAACAUGAAUUCUUUUAAAAUGUAAUUGUUAAAACAUUUGUUUACACAAGUCAAAUGCUAUAUAUACAUGUACAUGUUGAAGUUGAUGGAAAUGGCCAAAUAUUUACAUUACCCCAUAAAAUAUGGAAUAGAAUAGAACAGAUUUUAUUAUGUAAACAUGUGCCCAUUAAUGAUUUCUGACAGAGCACUUGGGAGCAUUGUAAAACUUGAAAACUACAAAGGAGAAGGCUUUAUGAAUUUCAUAAAAAUCAAUUUAUUUAAACAUUCUAAAAGAAAUAGGAAGUUCUUUAUGAAAUUUUAAUUGUUACUGUUUAACAACAUAAUGUGUGAAAAAUUGAUUGAAAGUUAAAUUAAAAAUAAUUUUUUACAACAAAGUUUUCACAUCUGUCAAAAAAAAUGCAAUGAAGAAUCAUAUCUGAUGCUUCCCCUUUUAAUUGUGGUACUUUUCUUAGUUUUGUAUUUUAAUGCCCUAAAAACUUUUAUGUACUUUAUAAAUGCUUUCAUGUUCCCCUUUGAGAACCUCACAUAUUUCUCCUGAAAUAUUACCCCUUUUUCAUGUUAAUAUACACACAACAUUAUGACUAUAAAUCAAUUUUUCAUAUACAAGAAAAUGGCCAUUAAAUGAUUAUACAUGUGCUAUUGCUUAAAAUGAAAUAUAUCAUAAAUGUUAUCUGAAGAGUUCUUUUUUCCUUUUUGCUAAGGUUGGAAGCUUUAAUAUAAAGUAUCGAUAUCAGAUGUAAUGACUUUUAAAGAGCAACUCCUGGGCUUUCAUUUCAUGGCAAACUGCAGCUAUGUUUUUUAUGCUUGCGAAUAUUUUAUCAAAUUAUGAAAUGGCUUUUAAGGGUAACAAAAUAUGUAAAAAUACUGAGAAUAAUUUCCAUAUUUAAUAAUAACCAACUGUUAAAUUAAAUGAAACGGAACUCUCAAUGAAAGGAGAGAACAUUUUGGUAGUUUUUAUUUUUUUGUUCAGUGGUUGACUGUAAUCGGCCGAGGGUGACUGAAUCCCUACCUAACCGUGAAUCAUAAAGAAAAAAAGUACUUUCCUUCUGUUGGUUUAUUAUGAAAACAUAAAAACAUCUGGAGAGAAUAUUUACAAAGAACUUGCAAAGAGAUUUCUCCUGUUAUCAACAAACUAAUGCACUCACUAACAUUUGAUCAGUUUCAAAAAGUUUGAACAUUUUAUGCUUAUGAAACAUAUGGUUAAAGAGAUAACUUUCUUUUGAAAUAUCAUAAACAGUUUUUGUUAAAUGGAAAGUGACCUCCUCUUUUUUGAGAAUUGCCUUCAUUUUUAUUGCUUUCAUAUCAUGUAUACAAUCAUUCUGGAGUCAUUAUCUGAGCCAAGCUAUCUGAGCAGAGUAUAUUUAGUCAUAAACCAAUUUGUUUAAAAUAUUUUGAUAGAGUGCAUCUUUAAACCAUAACAUAUGAUACAUCUAGAUUUCAUUAGAUUUGGCAAAUUUUACAGUAAUUUACAAGUCAGACACUAUAAAGUGAGAAAUUGUUCACACACAGGCUAUUAUAAUUAUUUGCAUAUUGAUGGAUAAAAAGAGAAAGAUAAAAUAUUUUUAUAUUUGUUGAUUUUUUGUCAUAAAGAUGCUUUUAAGGACGUACAUUUAAAAGAAAUUGUUAUAAAAGAAGAUUAACAAAUGAAUUUGGGACUUAUUCAUUGAUAAAAUUGUUUGAACAGUGAAACUUCCCUUUGUUGGGACCCCAGGUAAAAAUCUUGGCAAUAAACAAAAUGUGGAGAAAGGUUAGCCUUGUUAUCAUGUUAAAUGUGCAGAUAUCAACUUGAAGCUAGAGAUUUGAAGCCUUUGGUUAUAGAAAUUUAAAACCUUCUUGAUCCUCACUAAAAGCAAUUUAAAAUUGAACUCUCUGACAGGAGAUUGUCAUGUGAGGAAAACUUGAUACAUGGGUUUCUGAUUAGGGAAAACAGAC